CGUUGUCACUGCCGGCGCUUAUAGACCGUUGAAGGGCUUCAUUCGUCCACAAGCACUAUGUGGUGGCCUGGCUUGCCCCUGCAUAGCUAUGCGUCUCAUCUUCCUCUGCCUUCCAAUGGCUAGUCAUUGCGAAACGCCGCAUCUCCAACCAUCCAAUGUCAACCCAACAUCUAUCGCUUCCCACAUGGUCCCUUGCAGCCAGAUUCUAUCUUCAGCAUCUCGGUACUGUCAUGCAUCUCUCGAGAUACCCAGGGCCUAGAGCCUCUUCUAUUGUUGUGCCACAACUUGACGCUUUAGGUAAGGACUCUCAAGCACUCCAGAGUACAUUUUCCUUCUUGUGCCGCCUUGUUUUUCCAACUGUGGUACUUUCAAUCAUUCAAGGUUUCAUUCUUGAGGGAGGCAGUAUACUACGUUGAUAUUUUUGUUCGGAUUUCUUUUCUACGUCGGUCUUGUGAGACUGUAUAGCCGCCCGUUACUGCUGUUACUCCGUCCGAGGGCUGGCCCACGAACAGAGCAAUCUCAUCCACUGCUUAGACUCCAGGUGUUCUGGUUUGACGCAGGCGUUUGUUGUUACGAAGAUCAAACAUCCAAUUUAUCUCGACCCUGCCUCAAGCCGGACAAUCCGACCGUACAUCUAACACAGUCGACCAUGGCUCCAGUCUUUGAAGGAUUAAUGCCAUCUCGACGUCGACCGUCAAGGUCUCGCUCAGAAUCUGGGAAGCCGUUGCAUGCAAGAUGGGGCGACGUUGCCAUCUCGGCUCCUCAUGAUGGAGGCUGGGCUCAGCAAUAUCCUGACAAUGACCUCAACAAUCCGGUCUACCAGGCCCACGGUAGUCCCGAUUCCCAGAAGACCCUGGUCAACAAUUCGCCUGACUUGAACUUUGAAGUAGCCAAAAUGGAAAAGACGGCCAUCGAAGAGAUCAGGCAGCCAACACCACCUUUCAUCCAGAAGGAACGAACUGCCAUCACCAUCACCAUUCCUCUGCCAUGGACACGAAAGAAGGAGCAUCGUCGUUCAUCCUCAGGCAUCAAUGCUCAGGCGCUGGCCACGCAGGUGGAGAAAGUCAUCACUGUCGAAUCACGACCAGCUCUCAACAAUAUUCAGACCAACAUCGACGAAGUCAUUGUUGCAGAAGCUCGACCACUCGCUGAACCAUAUCGCGCUGAUUCUCCGAUCGUCCAGACCGCCUCACCCGUAUACGACGAUGUGAGCACUUUUUUCACAAGAGCAGCUUUUCCCGACAAGGGCUAUGCAAGCAGCCGACUUCCGCCUAUCCAAACUUCAGUCCCACCAACCAUAAGUCAGCCAACCUCUGCGAUCUCCAUCCUCAGUCCUGUCGCGGAGAAGUACGACGGUUUAUCUGAAAGCAACAAUGCCACGCCUAUGGACAACACUCCUGUUGCUGGUCGGACCGCAAUAGGCUUGCCAACUUCAGCUGACAACAACGAAGUGAUUGAUGUUGGAGGUCUUACCUUCAAGCUCGCCGAACAUGUCCGUGACAGUCCUCCAUCGCUUCCACCAUCUCGAAUCACCAGUCCCAUCGACACUUCAGACGUCGAGAUCCCACGGAAGUCUUCCCGCAGCACGAUGAGAGACACUUCCCGUCCCGCUUCCCGUGGUCCUGGCCUGGGAGAAGUUGCAUACAUGCGAGCUUCGUCUCGAGGGCCACCAGAACAACCUCGUAGUGCGUCACGAGAAGCGUCAGCACGUCGAUCAGAAUCUCAGGAGCCUGAUUCUCGUCGAGCUGGAUCGGUCGAACCAACACACAGAAGAGCUUUAUCCCGCGACCCAGGCCGCCGCACUGUUUCUCCUGCUCGCCGACGCACUUUAUCUCGCGAGCCUGUCUUCCGUCGUGCCUUGUCUCGAGAACCUGAUGUGCGUCGUAUUGAGACACCUGAGCCUGUCAGCCGCCGUGAUACAUCUCGAGAUCGGGCCACUCAUCGUGCCGACUCCCCCAAUCCGACUACGCGUCGUGCCCAGUCAAGAGAUCCUGCCAGACGUCGAGCUGAGUCGCCUGCUCCGACUAGCAGACGAGAACUUUCUCGCGAGCCAAGAACAACUCCUCGAGCCAGAACUCCUGACCCAACAACUGCACGACCACAUUCUCGUGGCCCAUCUAGCCGGCGUGGCAUAUCUCCAGGUCCGGCCGGCCGUCGAGCCGUGUCUCGCGAGCCCUUCACCCGUCGUCGCAUUUCUGGUGACUUCACCCGGCGAGCCGCAUCACUAGAACCUGAGCGACGUCGAGCCAGUCCCAGAGAAAACUUUGAUUUCCCGUGGAACGGCGAUAAACCAGCGGGCAAGUCACCUACCGACAACACUUCCACAACCGACGCAUCGACCACGGAUGAUAUUACCUCUGCCGACGAAACCACAGACAUUGACACUGAGACGGAUGACAUGUAUUUUGAGUCCCGCAAGGGCUGGAAUGGGCACGCUGGAGUUGGAGACGAAGGCCAAGGCUUUUACGCUGGUGUCAUUCAGGACUACAAAUUAAUUGCCAGGGACGUUGAAGCAGAGCAGACUCAGACAUCUGAGCCGUCGGGUGUGAAGGAGAGUCUCGCCAGCUUGGUUACGAUCAAGAAGGAGAAGGAAAAGUAUCCGGAACAGAGGCAGGGCAAGUACGCAGGCCCAGACCUAGUACCAUCGCAGGAGGAAUUAUGGGGUUAAUGAAAGAGGAUUGCAAGGAACGAACAAGACCAACGUCCCCGCGGGCGAAACACCGAAGCUUCAGUAGCUGGCGCGAAGCAGCUAUUCGUUGCCUGAACAUAUUUGCUUGAUGACUUUCCCGUCUUUACUGAACGACCUCCACACCAGACGGGAUCACCUAUGAUUUAUCACGAAAUUUCCUUGAGUCGGAGACAUCCACACUAGGAUGGACAAAGAUACCUGUUGUUGGACACUCUUAUAUUUAACACCUUGUUCUCAUUCGCGUUGAGCUUGGUGACACAGGUCGUCCGUGUCUGGCCGAGCGGUCGAGAGAAUAGAGAAGGGAGAGGCAACUCAAUCGUUGUGGGGGACUUGUUUUGAGUAGGAGAACGGCAUGCGAACUUGGAAUGAAUGAGUGAAUUUGGGAACGAUUUGAAGGACGGGAUAUGCUUGGAUAUGCGGGAAUGGUAGAAAAUGAAUGUCAACAGGACGAAAACGCCAGUGGGCAGGAUGGACAUGGAAAGGCCAUGGGGAGUACGUACAUUACACGAACGACGCACACUUUUGGACAACUUUUGAACAAUCUUGGUGAGCAAUAAGAAGUAUAGCCCUCGACACAAUG